GUGCUGCUGCUUCUGAGCGGCUUUCGCUUUUGACACUUAUGUCCUAAGAAUAGUUGGCGGGUUAAUUCCACUGACAGCGCCGAGAUGUUCCGGGACGUGUCAAUGGUCGCUCAAAAAUUCCCGGGAACACGAAACCUGCAGCAAGCAAUGGUAUCAGGAAACGAAUGGAAUGUAACCUGGGAAAAUGUUUCAAGCAUUCGUGGUAAUGUUCGCGACUAGUAAGUGGGGAGUCUGAGAAUUGAAGUCCUGACCAAAAGCAAUGGAUAAUAUCUGCUGGAAGUAGCGUGGGGAAGUAAAUCUCUGCAGCUAUGAAGGAGCUGGGAAGAGAGUCCCGGAUUUAUCACCAGCUCACGGUGGCUCUCCGAAUUCGCCCCAUCAAUGAGUUGGAACUUGAUGAAGAAGCCACCAUCAUAGCACAUAAAGUGGAUGAUCAGAUGAUAGUUUUGAUGGAUCCAACGGAAGAUCCAGACGACAUCUUGCGAGCUAAUCGGUCCCGUGAAAGAACAUUUAUGUUUGACAUGGUGUUUGAUGACACUUCCACCCAGGAGGAUGUUUAUUUGGCCACUACAAAGGAUCUGAUUAAAGGUGUCAUUUCUGGAUACAAUGCCACGGUGUUUGCGUAUGGACCUACAGGAGCUGGUAAAACCUACACCAUGCUUGGGAUGGACUGCAAACCUGGAAUCUAUGUCCAAACUCUAAAUGAUCUAUUCAAGGCAAUCGAAGCCACGAGUGAAAACAUGCUUUAUAAUGUUUCUAUAUCUUACUUGGAGAUUUAUAAUGAAAUGAUCCGUGACCUCUUGAACCCUUCCUCAGGGUUUCUGGAUUUGAGGGAAGACUCCAGGGGUGAGAUCCAGAUAGCUGGAAUCACAGAAUUCUCAACCAGCAAUGCGAUGGAGAUCAUGCAGUUGUUGACAAAGGGAAACAGACAACGGACACAAGAGCCAACAGCAGCCAACAAAACCUCAUCUCGUUCCCAUGCAGUGCUGCAGGUUACUGUCAAACAGAGGAGUCGAGUAAAAGACAUUACAGAGGAAGUCCGAAUUGGCCGUCUUUUUAUGAUUGACCUUGCUGGGUCUGAGAGAGCAUCUCAGACUCAGAACACUGGCAAACGGAUGAAAGAAGGAGCCCACAUUAAUCGAUCCCUACUUGCUCUGGGAAACUGUAUCAAUGCACUGAGUGAAAAAGGAGCGAAUCGUUCCCAAUAUGUCAACUUCAGGGACAGUAAACUGACCCGUCUAUUAAAGGACUCAUUGGGUGGAAACAGCAGAACAGUCAUGAUUGCUCACAUCAGCCCUGCCAGUAGUUCAUUUGAGGAGUCCAGGAAUACCUUGAUAUACGCAGACCGUGCUAAAAAUAUUAAAACCAGGGUGAAACAAAAUCUGCUGAAUAUCUCGUACCACAUUACUCAGUACACCAACAUCAUAGCUGAUCUCAAGAAAGAGAUUGAGCGACUCAAACUGAAGAUUGACCAGCAGGGACCAGAACAGAGAAAAUCAGAAAAGGCCAACAUCAGGGAUAUUCAAGCUGAAGUUCAGCAGCACUCAGUGGAAUACAAGCGAGGGGAAAUGGGCAGACUGAGGGAUCAAUUGAUGGUUGCUUUUAGACAACAAAUGGAGAUCCGUCACAACCUCAUGGAGCUUGAAAAUACCAGCAUGGAGCUUCACAUUGACACCUCCAGACAUUUGCUAACCAUAGCUGACUGGGAAAGGGAGAAAGCAAACCGUUCUGGGAAAUGGUGGGAAGAGAAAUGGAGCGGGAGGCCUGACAAGGAACAUGACGGGAAGGAGUGGGAAGCCAGACUAGCGGAUGAGCCGGAUGUGACUGAACCACUGGAGGUUACGGUGGCGCGGGAGGAAAUCGGCAUGCUGCUAACUGAGCAACGAAAAACUGCAGCACUCAAGUGUGAGUUAGAACAGAAGUUGGAGGAAAUCAAGGCUAAAGUUUCAAAGAUGGAGGACUUGCUACCAAAGUGCAUCAGUAAUAAGGAGCAGCAAGAGAUCAUGAGUUUGCUCUGUAAAGUUCACGAGCUGGAGGUGGAGAAUACAGAGAUCCAGUCAGCUCUGCUGAGGAAAGAGAAUCUCCUACAACAAAAAGACUUUGUUGUGCAGCGUUAUGAACAACAUCGAUCGCUCUGCAGUGAGAUUAUACAGCAGCAGCAACAGCUGAUAAAUGAUCACAACAUCGAAGUUCCACAGCAACUACAGAAUCUCUACACCACCUAUAGGCAAGAGACAGAGGAGGGGAUGCUAGAUAAUCUGAUCACCCUUCAUACCGUCACCUCCAACACGCUGAGGGAUCGCACAAUUCUGAAUGUCGCUCGUCAGCUGAACCUGGAAGACUAUGUGUUGUCCUUGGAAGGAAGGAAAGAUGAUGCAAGGCCAAGGACAGUUCAUGAAAACAGACAACUGCUUCACGCCCGGGUUAAGGACUCGCUGCCUCCAAUACUUCCUGAACAUGAGAGUGAUGUCAAUAAGGUGUUCAAAGCCACUACACAGUCACGCUACAUGAAACAGCUGCCGAAUCUAACACCACCUCCCAUCCGCCUGACUGGACCUCUGUUACUGCAGAUUCCUAAGCUCAGGCCAAACCCCUCACGGCAGCACAAUCUCAAGAGUCUAUCUGAUCACAGGUUUUCAGUUGCUCCGCACCUCUCCCAGAACUCCAAUCUCAAGCCAAAUGUUGUGCCAGUAAGGAUUGCCAAUCUGUCAAAUGCCAAUGUGCCAACUGCAGCAAAGAUCAAAUUCCCGCUCAGCUAUCAUUCAGGUGAGAGCCAAUUGCAGAAGAUUGAAGUGAGUAAUACCAUGCCAAGUACCAUUCACCAAACAAAUGCAGAAGGGAAUAAGGGGCUACUGUUGCAGAAGCAAGUCAGAGGACCAAAUAAUGUUGCCAAUACACAACAACUGCGAACACAUCCUGGAAACUUCAAAAAAGGAAGUAAUUUGCCUCUCAGAACCCACAGGAUGACAGAUGCAGACCCACGUAUUAGAGGAGGUAGCAGAUACAACAAGUGAUCACAAGUAGGAAGCACUUGAACAAUAUUAUGGCUGAUAUACGAAAUAAAAUGCAAGGAUUAAGGACAAACCUCAAAUGAAUUUAAGCCAGGAAUGUGACAUUGCCUGACCUGAUGCUGAACUCCAAAGGAAUUAAUUUGAUACAUUUUUCCAUUUAAAAAAAUACACUGAUAAAUUAAUUUCUGCGUUCUUCAAUCCAUCGUGCAAAUGAAUUCAAGUAGUAUUAUUGAGGUUGGGUGAGCUGGACAGAUGAAAGAGGA